CUCCACUGCCCCCUAACUGAUUGAUUCUCUGGCCAGGAGGAAAGUCCAGUUACAGUUCACAGUAGCUUUAAACAUUAUUUUGCUGAUGUGAUCCUCUAUGCUUUGGAGAAUAAGCAACAGAAGUAAAGCUUUAAAAGGCAUGGUUGCACACCUAUGUUUAUAAGAUGACACUCAAUACACAGAAAGAGGGAAAGGAACCACUGAGGAGAAGAGCAAGCACUCCCAUACCCUCCUCACGUCAAGCGGGCCGGGGAGACAGAGACCCCUCGACUGACCCGUAUCACCUUCCGCUCGCCCAGUCUGCCUCAUACCACCCCGGAGACAAGAGCAUCCACUCACGGGCCAACUGGUCUUCAGACUCGGAUUCGGACAGCUCUGGAGCGGAGUGUCUUUAUCGUGUGGUUUUGUUGGGGGAUCACGGAGUGGGAAAGUCAAGCCUUGCCAACAUUUUUGCUGGAAUACAGGAAAAGGAUGCCCACAAACACAUUGGAGAGGACACGUAUGAAAGAAACCUUACAGUGGAUGGGGAGGAGACGACCCUAGUUGUGAUGGACACAUGGGAAACAGAAAAACAGGAGGAAGAUGAGAAGUGGGUGCAAGAUUACUGCAUGCAGGUGGGCACUGCUUACAUCAUUGUUUACUCCAUCACUGACCGCAGCAGCUUUGAGAGCGCCUCAGAGUUGCGAAUCCAGUUGCGACGUAUCCGGCAAGCUGAAAACAUUCCCAUCAUCCUUGUGGGCAACAAAAGUGACUUAGUGCGUUCUCGAGAGGUGGCAGUAGAAGAGGGUCGGGCUUGCGCAGUGGUGUUUGACUGCAAGUUCAUAGAAACCUCCGCUUCUCUUCACCACAAUGUUCAUGAGCUCUUUGAAGGCAUCGUGAGGCAGAUCCGACUGCGGCGAGACAGCAAAGAGAUCAACGAGCGCCGACGCUCUGUCUACAAGCGACAAGAAAGCAUCACCAAGAAGGCCAGACGCUUCCUGGAUCGACUGGUGGCCAAGAACAACAAAAAGAUGGCCCUGAAAGUGCGCUCCAAGUCCUGCCAUGACCUCACAGUGCUGUGAUCCCACAGUUGCAAAUGUUGUCUACUUCCAUUCCUUGAACAUUGGGUCAUCUGUUUCUUCAUGUUUCAUGUAAGCACAAGAAAAGUUUUGGUCUUUCAAGUAUGUCCACUUUUGAACAUUUACGUAAGUUUUUUUUCUAUUUUUGUUAUUUAUUUGUCAAAAUAUGACUAAAUGGAAUAUUGACAUUUUUUACUGAUUCCUUGUUCUGCAAUCCAAUAGAUCAGAUGUUUCAUAGUUGUUUGAAUUAAACCAAAGGUUUAUUACUGUAUAUCAUCAAACAAGUGGACUUGAACAUUUAUGAACAUUUUUAUCAAUGUUUGCCUUAUCAGACUGAAUAGACUAGUUAGAAUCAACAAGCAAUAUUUAUUAUUCUGUGUUGUUUAUACAGUUAUUCUUGAAGAGCAUUUAUUUCACCUUGUUUUUGUUUUUCUAACAAAGAAAGUUGUUUGUGUAGCCUGCAAGUUAUUUGUUAUGACAAGUUCACAGCUCAUUAGAAAAAGUAAAGGAAAAACAGCAAAGACCCCUAUUAUUAUUUGUUUCGUACAAGUUUAUUCUAAUAAAGCUAAAAUAGUAUAUACACGCCAAUCAUCGUUUAAAAAGGGCAUGUGAAUAUCCUCCUUAAAGGAAU